AUGGGAAAUCAGAACGCUGUUCUCAUAAAUGUAGGAAUACAUCCGGGAUAUUCAGGCAGAGCCGAUCGUACCUAUGAAAAGGGGGUUUACACAUAUACUUAUAAGGGUAGAACUAUAAAAAUUUCGGAGGAAAAGCCUGAAAAGCUUCCUGGGUACAAGGUAACAAGGCACCAGAAGACAACAGGUGAAUCUUGUAGUCUUUAUCAUGGAGCAAUAGAAUUUCAUGGAUUUGUAGAUUUGAUAAAGUAUACUGAUGUCUACGUCUAUUUCUGGGAGGGAGAUGAUGAUUAUAAAGUACCCUUGGUUAUCCAACUUGGAGAUGCAGAUAACUACUACAUUAGUGAUGUUAACAGUACAAAAUGGAAAAGGGCGUAUGGCAUUACCUUUAGAACCUUGAAGAAUGAUACUCUCAAGAAUCUACUUGAUCAAGAAAACUGUAAGAAGAAUGGAGCUCAUGUUAUGGAUAUUUCCAAGGGGAAGGAAGGACCGUAUAAAUGUCCACUAUCUACUUGUAACAAGGAAAUCUUUGCAGCCUCCUUUGAAAAGGCGCCGUCAUAUGAACAUUCCUUAAAAUUUAUAGGCAGUUCUGUAACUAGGUUUGAGAAGAAGGGAAAGGUUCAGAAGGGAUUGCCAUUUCCGAGGAAAGUAGAUUGCUUUUAUAUCUAUCUUGAUCUUGAAAAAAACGAAGAUACACUUCUUAUCUACAUGGAUCCGAUUGGAAUGAAACAUCCUUGGCAUGGGUAUUUGGGUCCGAGAUGGUACAGAAGAGAUUUUGAGGAUGAAAAUAAAUGGAUAGUAGUAAAAGAUGAAUUCAAGCCUGCUGGCCCUUACGAUUCUGACAAGAUAGUGAAGAUUCUUCUUGAAUAUUUACCAAAACAGGAGCCUAUAGUGUGCACUGAAAGGCCAGAGGAAUAUUCCGACCUGGAGACCGUUCCAAUGAUUGAUCCUAAUUUCACCAUUGAUAAGAUUACUCGUCUUCCUCAUCUAAAUUUUAGAGAUCCUGAGGAAGAUGUAAAUUUCUCAAGAGAUUCCGAUUCUCCGGAUUAUGGAAGUAAUUAUCCACUUUUUCCACCGGAAGAUAUCUCAUUGGGUGACAGGAUAUUUAUUCCAAGAAAUCUGACUUUAGAUGCUCCGGAACCCCCUAAAAUGCUAGAUGAAAGUCCAGUUUCUCCGGUGAAUAUAAAUGUAGGACCUUCUGUUCCUCCAUCUGAAAUUGGUAUAGAAAACUUUGAGAUAGAUAUCCACACUAAAAAUUCUUCGGAGAAUGUAGUUACCGUUGAUUUUGAUGCGACUGGGACUUAUGGAUAUGAUUUGAUGGCAGAGGUUUAUACAAGAGAUAUAGAAGGUGGACAAGCUUCCCCUGAUUUUAAAAUUACAAAUAUCGUAUUUUCUAACCCAUCUUCAGAGAUCUCAAUCUCCAAGGACAUGACAGAAAACAUUAAAUCUACUGAUACUGUUGUUAUAGAUGUACCCUUUAUAGAUCUACUUGAAGGACAGGAUUGUUCAUAUGGAUUGGAAAGGAAGUCAUCGAACAGCAUUGAUGCGGAAUAUUCCAGUGUAUUCUCUACCACUUAUGGUGGAUAUUCUACUGUUGAAAUCGAUGAGGUAGUAGAACAUGAGAAAUAUGGAGGUGUUGCUUCUGCUAUUGAAAUAAUUGAAGAAUCAUCCCAUAACAUGUUGUCAACAGGAAAUGAGAGACAACCUAUUUCUGUGGAGAUAGAAGAUCCUUUUUCUACGAAAAAAACUGGAAAUCUAUAUAGAACACUCUCUGGAUCUGGUGAGGGAUAUUCAGAUAGCGUUGAAUUAAGCUAUGAUACUUCAUCAAACAUUAUAAAUGGCGCUAGCGCUAUUAUUUACGAAGAUUACGAUACAUCAAAAUACACGAAACAUGGAUAUGAAUCUAAUGCUUAUGACUGGGAUGAGACUAUAUACAAACCAGGUGUUUUAGAUUCUACAAUUGAACAUAUUCAUCCUAGUGGUGUUGAAGGAUCUCCAAUUGUUGUACCUCUUGGACUUAUUCCACUACCUCCUCCCGGUGUUUCUGGCGUACCAUCAGUAGAUUCUCCAGGAGUAAUAGGAAAAGCAAUAGAGGAAGUACCACAAAUAGAAAUAGAGAGAGAAGUAUUACAAUCACAGGUAGAAUUGGUAGGAGAUUUUGAAGUAGAAUCGGAAGGUGUCCCUAUUGCUUAUCUACCCGUCCAAAUUCCUGAUACUGAGUCUGAGACAAAGAUUCUCCUACAAGGUAGUCCUGUGGCAGAAAUGGCUGAGGAUACUAUAGAUGGUGAAAGACUAAAACACCUUAUUGCUACUGUUUUUACUGGAUCCCCAAUUGCUGUACCCAAAGAAUAUAUUACAUCUCCAAUUCCUGAUGUUAAAGGUGAUGUUGUUAAAGCUGGAAUGGGAGACAUUGGUGAAGGUGUAGUUCCUCUAGUUCAGCUUGAUGGAACCCCUAUCCCCUCUGUUUAUAUUGAUCCACAAACCCCCAUUCCUACCGAUGCUCAAGGAUCUCCUAUUGAUGCUAUUACCAUUGUUGGACAAUCCCCGGAUAUAACUGUUACCAUUGAUAAUUCUCUUGUCGAGUUUUCUUAUGAUUCCAAUUUCGUUGUAACUGGUUCGAAUUCGCAUUAUUAUGUUGAAGAAAAUAAUCAGAACCUGUAUUCUGUUGAGGAACAUGAUGAUACUAAGGUUGAAGAUAUACGCCUUGAAACUACCUUACCAGGGGAAUCCAGCCUACCUAAUGUUCCAACGCUUCCAGUAUGUAUUGCAGAUCCAUCCAUUACUUGCUGUUGGUGGUGGUAUCUUUUAUGGGUUAUAAUAGUUUUACUUGUUAUUAUUCUGGUAUGUGUUCUGUGUAGAAGAUCAAUAAAAGUCUUGAUUAUCAAGGUAUAG